AUGCAGACGCGCUCUAAAACAAAAGCUGAAAAAGAACGUCGUGCAGCACAGUUCUUAUGUGGUAUUGUUGAAGGAUUUUAUGGACGACCAUGGACAGCAGAUCAACGGAAAGACUUAUUCGCCAGAAUGAAACAUCUCGGGAUGAACACUUACAUUUACGCACCAAAAGACGAUCUAAAGCAUAGAGCUGACUGGAGGCAAUUGUACAAUUCCGAUGAAGUAGAGUUAUUACAAUCUCUGAUCCAGACGGCAAAGAUGGAAAAUGUUACAUUCGUAUAUGCACUCUCUCCUGGAAUUGAUAUUAUUUAUUCAAGCGAAAAAGAAAUUAAAGCUCUGCAUGAUAAAUCUGAGCAGGUACGCUGUUUAGGAUGUGAUGCAUUUGCACUGCUGUUCGAUGAUAUUGAUAUGGCAUUGAAUGAUGCCGACAAAAAACAAUUUUCAUCAAUUGUUAUGGCUCAGUUAACUGUUGCUAAUGCUUUAUACGAAUUUUUGAAGUGUCCUCAUUUCUUUUUUUGUCCUACAGAGUACUGCGAGUCACGAGCGAAUCCGUCAUUAGAGGAGUCAGACUAUUUACUUACACUUGGUAAAAAACUGGUUGCUGAUAUACAUAUUUUGUGGACAGGACCUCGGGUGGUGUCCCGUGAAAUUACAAUCGAUCACAUUCGACGUGUCGCUGCUGUACUACAAAGGAAACCGGUGGUCUGGGAUAAUUUGCAUGCCAAUGAUUAUGAUCCUAAACGGGUUUUUCUGGGUCCGUUUGCAGGAAGAUCUGUACGACUGAAAGAGGAGAUCGCUGGAAUUUUGUUGAAUCCGAACUGUCGUUAUGAAGCUAAUUUCUUGCCGUUCUACACAUUAGCAGAAUGGAAUAGCUGUCAUGCAGAUGCUGAUGUUUUGGAAGAAGCGGAAUCAGAUGCUAUAUUAGAGGCAGGUGAUGUAGUUCCUGUUGCAGCACAUAUUGUUGAAAAUGCUUCGCCGAAACGAUUAUAUCAUCCAUUAAAAGCCCUAGAUGAAGGUAUUAAGAAAUGGAUUGAAUACUUUAACGCCGAGUCAUCAACAAAUUCUCAUGCAUCUGUUUCUGUUGAAAUAGCCGAAGUUGAUGAACUCGACGAAUUAAAGCCAUCAACAAGUUGUAUUUCUUUGGUUGCUCGAGAACUAAAUGGCCCAGACAGUAGAGACAAUCAAACAUCAAUUGUUUGUUUCAACGCUGAGAACACUUCAGUAGUACAUACCGUGAACUCAAUGUGUUCUGAGUACAGUGAGCCAAUGGAUCUGAUGUCUGUUACUAAGGAUGACAGAAAGCUGCCAUUGGAAUCGUCAUAUCAAAACAAAGGAAAUGUUCAGGAAAUGCUGGAAGUUUCGUCAGAUAUCAGUAUGGACAGCAGUUUUCAUUCCGAUUCGGAAGCGAAUGUCACUGCAGUGGACCAGGUAGCAAUCUUUGUCGAUAUGUUUUAUUUACCAUUUGAGCAUGGUCGCCGUGGCAUUCAAAUGCUGCAGGAGUUUUCUUGGCUUCACGAAAACUCUUACGUGAUGAGGCGAAGCAGUAGUAGUGGUAUUGAUGACCAGAAGGUACAGGAAUUUGUGAGUGACGAAUGGAAACGGAGAUGUGAGGAUUUUGUCAAAUUAUUACGUGAUGUAACGAGACUUUAUCAGCAUAUCACGCAGCUUCCUAAUCGUAGCGUUGUUCAGGAACUAUUUCAAUACAUUUAUGAUGCUCAAGGUAUGGCUUCUAUUUUAGAAGCACUUGUUCUUUGGAUGGCUGGUGGUCACUUGAAUGUUGCACCUGUUGAUUGUGAUUGUUUUUGGCGUGUUGGUAUUCCGGAUGUUGAACCAUGGACUUUGUCUGGCGGUUUCUUAGCAGACUUGCAGAAACUCUUGUACUCGAAUGCUAAUUUAGCGGACUUAUUCUUGUUGAAGACAGUACUGCCGCUUUCUUUGAACUGCUAUACAGUUAGGCCUUACGUAGAUGAAGAUACGAAAAAUGUUCGAUACAUAUGGAAAGCUGAAGAUGAAUGUGCUUCAAGUUUGGGAAUUUUAGAGGGAAUCAAGGAUGAACGUUUUUUUGACAAGUAUAUUGGUGCUUAUAUAAGUUUUGCAACUCCUCGGACUUGCUUUAUUGCGGUUGAAAAUGACGCCAUUGGAAGUCCACGGCAAGUUAUUGGAAUGAUAUGUGCAGCACUUGAUGCAAAAGAGUUUGCUGAAAAGGUCCGAAGUGAGUACAUUCCAAAGAUGUGUUCAAAAUACAAGGUAUAUGCUGAAGCAGAGAAAGGGCAGUCUUUAUCUCAUAAUGAAGAAAUUGAACGUCAGUGGCAAAGUCUACAUGAAGAUAUUGCCGAAUGGGGACCACCUAGUCUUUCCGACUAUUUCUACGAGCAGUUCCCGAGUCAGAUAGAUGUAAGAUGUCAUGAAUUGUCGCAAGAUGCCGUGGUUUUUCGUAGGUUGGUAUGCAUAACAGCGAUCGCCUUAUCUUAUAACGGAUCCUCCGGAUUUUUCAUGGUGCUGAAUUCAUCCGAUAGCGAGAAAAUCAACUUAUGUUCAAGAAUAGGCUUAAUUACUUUGAAGGAAGCGAAUGUUGCUGAUGAUAUGAUUUUGAUGGGCCAUUCUUUGUGA